AUGCAGCCCAGGACUGAAUCUAAACAUGAAAAGCUGUGGCCAAAGGACACACCCAGGCCUUCAGUCCACAAGACGCAGCACAAGUUCAGCAGAAUGAUGAGCGAAGACAGUCAGGACGCAUUUAGAAAUGUCAACAGAAAGCCCGGCCUUCAGAUCUGGACCAUCAAUAAAAUGAAGAUGGUGCCUGUUCCAGCCAAAGGCUUUGGUAACUUCUUUGAAGGCGACUGUUACAUUGUGCUUUAUAUAUGUAAGGCGGGCUCAGGCCUUUCCACCGACAUCCACUACUGGAUAGGAAACUCCUCCUCCCAGGACGAGCAAGGUGCAGCAGCCAUCUACGUCACCCAGCUGGACGAUUACCUGGGUAAAAGUCCGGUCCAGCACAGGGAGGUGCAGGGUCACGAGUCGCCGCGGUUCAGGAGCUACUUCAAAAAUGGCCUCAUCUACAAGAAGGGCGGAGUGGCCUCAGGGUUUGACCACGUUGACACAAACGUCUACAACGUUGUGCGACUGCUGCACGUCAAGGGGAGGAAGCACGUCACAGCGACGGAGGUGGAGGUGUCAUGGGACAGCUUUAACAAGGGAGACAUAUUCCUGCUGGACAUUGGGAAGGCCAUAGUGCAGUGGAACGGCCCCCAGAGCAACAGGAGAGAGAAGAUGAAGGCGGUCUUGUUGGCUCAGGACAUCAGGGACAGGGAGAGAGGAGGUCGGGCUCAGAUUGGUUUUGUGGAGGGAGGAGAUGAGCAGGCCUCCCCGGAGCUGAUGAAUGCCAUGACGGCAGUGCUCGGCAAGAGAAGUGGGUCGCUGAAGGAGGCCGUCCCUGACGACAAGUCUGACCAGGCGGCGAACAACAACGUCAGACUCUACCAUGUGUACGACAGCAGCGGGAACCUGGUGGUUCAAGAAGUGGCCACGCAGCCUCUAACACAAGACCUGCUGCGCUCCGGUGACUGUUACAUCUUGGACCAGAGAGGCUCCAGUGUGAUGGUGUGGAAAGGCAAACAGGCCUCCAAGGAGGAGCGGCAAGAAGCUCUCAACAGGGCAAUGGGCUACAUCAAAGCCAAGAACUACCCGUCCAGCACCACUGUGCAGGUGAUGACCGAGGGUGGAGAGUCAGCGAUGUUCAAGCACUUGUUCAAAUCCUGGAGAGAAAAAGGGCAAAGUCAGGGUCUCGGUAGCACCUACAGCGUGGGAAAGAUAGCAAAGGUGGACCAGGUGAAGUUCGAUGUGACGCAGCUCCACGCGCGCCCUGAAAUGGCAGCGCACCACCACAUGGUGGAUGACGGCUCUGGAGACAUCCAGGUGUGGCGCAUCGAGAAACUGGAGCUGGCUGAGGUAAAGCCAAGUACUUAUGGACAGUUUUACGGAGGAGACUGCUACUUGGUGCUGUACACGUAUCAAACCUCCGGCCAGCAGCAGUACAUACUCUACAUGUGGCAGGGCCGCCAUGCCACUAAAGAUGAAAUCACAGCUUGCGCCUACCAGGCUGUCAACGUUGAUAACAAGUACAAUGGCGCCCCGGUCCAGGUCAGGGUGGUCAUGGGAAAGGAGCCUCGCCACUUCCUGUCUAUUUUCAAGGGCAAGCUCAUCAUCUUUGAGGGCGGUACGAGCCGACAUGGUGUGGUCAACCCUGACAGCGGUCCCAAGCUCUUCCAGGUGAGAGGGUCUGAUGAGCUGAACACCAAGGCCACUGAGGUGCCGGCGAGGGCCUCUUCUCUGAACACCAACGAUGUUUUCCUGCUGAAAACGGACCGCAUCUGCUACCUGUGGUAUGGAAAGGGCUGCAGCGGGGAUGAGAGGGAGAUGGGGAAAGCGGUGUCUGAUGUGCUGUCCAGGCAGGACAAGCAGGUGGUGAUGGAGGGCCAGGAACCCAGUGAAUUCUGGGUAGCUCUGGGAGGGAAGGGUCCCUAUGCCAGCGACAAGAGACUGGAGAGGGAGGAGCCUCUUCACAGUCCCCGGCUGUUUGAAUGCUCCAAUCAGACCGGUCGGUUUCUGAUGACCGAGGUGGACGACUUCACCCAGAGCGACCUGGACGAGGAGGAUGUGAUGCUGCUGGACGCCUGGCAGGAGAUUUUCUUGUGGGUUGGAAACUUGGCCAACGAGUACGAGACCAAGGAGUCGUGGAAGUGCGCGCAGGAAUACCUGGAGACCCACCCAGCGGGCCGAGACCCCGACACACCUAUCAUCUUUAUCAAACAGGGACACGAGCCACUCACCUUCACCGGGUGGUUCAAUGCGUGGGACCCUCACAAGUGGAGCGGAGAAAACUCCUAUGAGGAGAUGAAAAAAAAGCUGAGUGAUGCGGCAUCUCUCUCACAGUUCACUGUAGAUAUGAACAACUCUGAUCUCAAUAAUAGUCCUGGUGGGGUUAGUGGGGGUGGUUAUAGGGCUCCAGGAGGCCCUGUGAGCUCUCCCCCAUUCUACAGGGUCCACGGAGGUGAUCUGUCCCCUAGACACUCUAUUCCCACUCACCUGUUUACCCAGACAGAUGGGACCCCUACGCCCCCCUCCUAUAGCUUCACUAAAUUAUCCCCAGCUGGUGGCGCUGUGUCCCCCUCUGCUGGGCGCCCCGGGAAGUAUCUGGACCCACAGCUCCUCGUCCACAAGUCUGCCGAUGAGCUGCCGCAGGGAGUGGACCCCAGCCAAAGAGAGGUCUACCUGUCUGAUGUGGAUUUUGAGAGCCUGAUCGGCACAAGCCGCUCAGACUUCCAGCGCCUGCCAAAGUGGAGGCAGACUGACUUGAAGAAAAAAGCAGGACUGUUCUGAUCACGCGGGCACAUUGUGAAACCUGUCUCACCGUAUUGACGAGAAACUUAAUCUUAUAACAAACGAAGCAGCAUUUUAGUUGGUGCAGAGAAAGACAGGAGGCCUUGAUCAUUUCUACUGAACAUAUCAUAUUAUAACUAAGUUAUUGUGAUUAACUGUGUUGACUGGAAUUAUCUUACCGACACCAUUGUGAUAAAACAAUCUAUUUUCAAAGCAU